UAUUACCUCGAGCAGUAUACCCGCGGGAAAGCUAAUCAGCUGGUCAGGAGUUGCCUCCACUUGGGUGAUGAGGGCUACAGCCAGGCUGUGAAACUUCUCGAGUCUCGAUAUGGAAAUUCCCUCAGACUGAUCGAUUCGUACGUGGAGCGGAUCGAACAGUGGUCGCGCCUGCAGUCUGGGGAUGUUGAGGGGCUUGACAGAUAUGCUCUGUUCCUAACUGAGGUAAAAAAUGCGAUGUCUGGCGCCACCAUGGGCGAGUUCGAGCACCCGUCUACCCUCCGCUUGAUCGCGUCUAAGCUUCCAGUGUAUCUGCAGGACCGGUGGCUCCGAGAGGCCGACAGAUUGUCUGAGAGUGGUAAGAGGAUUACUUUCUCAGACAUGGUUAGCUUCGUCGCAGCAGAGGUGCGAGUGAGGAGGAGUCCUCUUUUCGGUCCAAGGCCUGUCAUUGCCGGACGCGGUGGUGAGGCUGGAGCGCGGCAUAAGGUGAGCACAGCGAAGGUGAGCGAGCCCGGGGUGCAGAAGUGUGUUUUCUGCGGGGCGGCGCACCGUCUGGAGGGCUGUAAGGAUCUGCUUCGUAGACCUUGGGAGGAGAGACGACGGGUGUUGAUGAGAAAUCAGCUGUGUUUUGGCUGCCUGAGGAGGGGACACAGGGCUCGGUCUUGUAGAAAGCCGCUCCGGUGUGGUGUCUGCAAUGGGCCCCAUCCCUUGGCGAUGCACAGGGAGCCGAGCUCAGUCUCUGCCCCCAUCGAGCAGCAGCGUGCGGCUCAGCCGCCCGGCAGGGGGUCUGAUUCUUUGCGCGCGGGACCCAUGACCGGCGGGAUGGGAGCAGCUGGUGACCCACCUGGGGCGCAGAUGAGUGGUGGUGUUUUAAGUGCGAGCUUGGGUAUCCGCGGCGCGGGCCGGACGGCGCUGCCAGUGGUUGCUGUGCGCCUCCGGGGUCCCACGGGGCUGGAGGUGGUGGUGAAUGGGUUCUUGGACUCUGGCUCGUCAGGUAGUUUCUUGACUGAGUCGCUGGCGCGGCGUUUGAAGGUGAGAAGGGAUGACACUUCCAUCUCCAUCGAGACGGUUGGGAACGAGCGGAGGGUGAUGCAGACCUCGCUGGCCUCUGGGUUGGAGGUCUGCGGUCUGGACGGAGCAGAGUUCCUUCCCCUGCCGCCGCUCCUGACUAUCGACAGGAUCCCUGUGACACAGUCCGAUCGGUGCCGGGUGAGUGAGCUCAGAGCCGCUGCCCACCUGCAGGGUGUGGAGCUCCAUGAGGUGGAUGCCCCAGUGGAGUUGCUGCUCGGCUCCAACUGCGCUACUCUGAUUGUUCCCAGAGAGGUGAGGUCUCCGCCUUCCGGUGAGGAGGGCCUCUGUGGUGUGAGGACGUGUCUUGGCUGGUAUGUAAUUGGUUGUGGUGGUUCCCCGGCGACAAGAGGUAGGAUGUCUGUCAACCUGCUGCGGGUUCACGACAGCUGUGUCCCUGACCGUGACUCAGAGUGCGUCUUUAAGGUCAUGUAUGAACAUGAGUUUAAGGAUCUUUCCGACGACAAGGAGUGCCUUUCCGUGGAGGACAGGGAGUGGCUGUCUGACUUGCUCCCACAGGUCAAGAGAGACGAGGAGGGGCACUUCGUGAUUCCACUUCCUAAGAAGGAUUUCGACCAGUUGCCGGACAGCUUUCCGAUGGCGUCCAGGAGAUUGGAUUCUCUUCGGAGGCGCUUCAGGUCUGAUCCGGACUAUUUUGACGCGUACCGACGAGUCAUUUCGUCACUGGUUGAUGACGGCUACGCAGCUCCAGUGCCAGACGGUGAGGUUGGAGGAGGGCCGGUCUGGUAUCUUCCUCACCACGGCGUGCAGGAGCCCGCGAAGGGAAAACUGCGCGUGGUUUUUGACUGCGCGGCCCGGAGCCAUGGCGUGUGUUUAAAUGACUUACUGAGAGGGGGUCCGAACCUGACAAAUCCGCUUCUCGGGGUGCUCUGUCGCUUCCGGGAGGGGCGUGUCGCGUUCACAUGUGACGUCCAGUCUAUGUAUCAUCGAGUGCGUGUGCCGGAAGCAGAUGCUGAUCUGCUGAGAUUCCUGUGGUUCCAUGAUGACGACCCAGAGGGUGACGUGCAGGUGCUGAGGAUGAGGUCGCACGUCUUCGGAGCGGUGUCAAGUGGCAGUGUGGCCAGCUUCGCGCUGAGCCGCUGCGCAGAGGAGGGUCGCGAGCAGUUUCCUGAGGCCGCUGAUGCUCUACUUCGUAAGACGUACGUAGAUGACGCUCUAUGUGCUGCUGACUCCGUGGAGGAGGCUGUGAAGCUGGCACGUGACCUGAAAGAUCUCUGCAGGACCGGUGCAUUCAACAUGACUAAGUUCACCAGCAACCGUUCAGAGUUUCUGAAACAGAUUCCGUUUGAAGACAGAGGUAAGCAGGUUAAGGCAGUGGAUUUAGAUAAGGACGCUCUGGGCUCUGAGCGUGCGCUUGGACUGAAGUGGUCUGUCGAGAAGGACUCUUUUGUUUUCCAGUUCAACGACCGGCACAAGCCGGUGACGAGGCGCGGCAUACUGUCCACCGUAAGUUCGGUGUUUGACCCUCUCGGUAUCGUGUCGCCAGUGACCCUGCUCGGUCGAGUGCUGCUGCAGAGGCUGUGUGCGGUUUCCUGUGGGUGGGACGAGCCUCUGUCUGAUGCCUUGACGGGGGAGUGGGAGGAGUGGCUGGCCGGUGCCAGGGAGCUGGACAGUGUUCAGCUGGAGAGGUGUAUCGUGGGCCCGCCUGGAAAGGUGUUAAGCACUCAGCUACAUGUCUUCGCUGAUGCUAGCGAGACUGCGUACUCUGCAGUGGCAUACCUGAGAAGGGAAGUUCGUACCCCGGACGGGGAGGUCCGGUGUUUUGUGACGUUUCUCUUGGGUAAGUCACUUGUGAAUCCCGUGCGGUUCGUGUCUGUGCCGCGGCUCGAGCUAGCCGCCGCAGUGCUGGCCGUGAGGGUGAGACGGGUGCUUGAGAGAGAGCUAGACACCCAAUUCGACUCUUUCCACAUGUGGACUGACAGUAUGGUAGUACUGGCCUACGUCAGGAACCGGACGACGAGAUUUAAGACUUUUGUGGCAAACCGGUUGGCGUACAUCCAUGACGGCUCUAAAGUGAGUGACUGGGCGUAUGUGCCUUCGACAGCGAACCCAGCUGAUGUUGGAUCUCGUGGCUGUCAGCCGGCGGGACUGAAGCCGUGGCUGAGUGGACCGGAUUUUCUUCUCGGGGGCCUUGAUGAUAGGCCUGAAGAGCCAGCUGUGUCAGCAGCUAUUCCCGACUCUGAGGUAAAGUCUUCGCCUGUAGCCCUGGUGUCGCUUGCCGCCGGUCCCGAGAGCCCUUUCGAUCUACUGAUCAGAAGUUUCUCGUCCUUUUUUCGACUCAAGCGAGCGGUGGCGUGGUAUCGUCGCUUCCUCUGUGUCCUGCGUGACGGCUCUUUCCGCAGAUGGUGUCUGGCGAGAAGGAGAGGCCUGAGGCGGCGCGGACACGGUGAAAGGACUGACCUGACCGUGUCAGAUCUGUGCCGGGCAGAGCGUGUUGUUUUGCGGCACGCCCAGAGGGACCUGGCUGAUUUUCCGAGAGAGGGGUGUGACGAUGGCCCAGUCGGAGUGCCUAUGAGCAGUCCUCUGACGAAGCUGCGUCCGCAGAUGCUGAACGGCCUGCUGGUCGUGGGAGGCCGACUCGGUCGGUCGGAGAGUGUUUCCGAGAGCGCGAAGCACCCAGUGAUUCUGCCCCGUAAGAAUCACGUGACCCAGCUGUUGAUCCGAGAGGCUCAUGAGAGGGUGGGCCAUGAGGGCCGCGAUCAUACUUUUUGGGAGGUCCGGAAACGUUUCUGGGUGAUAGGCGCUGGUCCUGAGAUUCGGGGACUCAUUCGCAGAUGUGUAACGUGCAGGAAGGUGAACGCGCGGCCUCAGAAGCAGCUCAUGGCAGACUUGCCAAAGGAGCGCGUGUCAGCCGAUACACCGGCAUUCUCGUCAGUGCUGCUUGAUGUGUUUGGGCCGAUCUUGGUUAAGACCGGGCGGACCGAGCGGAAACGCUACGGUCUGAUGUGUGUCUGUGUCGUGACACGAGGCGUCCAUGUUGAGAUUCUGGAUUCGUUGCGCACAGACUCGCUGAUAAACGCCAUUCGUAGGAUCAGCGCUCGCCGGGGUCAGAUCGUUCAGAUCAGGAGUGAUAUGGGGACGAAUCUGACCGGGGCCGACAGAGAGCUCCGCGAGGCGCUGAGCGAACUCAGUCACGGUGAUUUGCAGCGUGCCGCGCUGAAACAGGGCAUUGACUGGCAAUUCAAUCCCCCCACAGCUUCUCACUUCGCAGGUGGCGUUGAGAGGCAGAUCAGAACAUUCAGGAAGGUAUGGCGGUCCAUGCCUACUCAGCAGCGUCUGGAUGACGAAUCGAUUCGCACGCUGUUUUGCGAGAUCGAGUCUGUUAUGAACAGCCGGCCACUGACUUACGUAUCGACUAGCUCCGGUCAGCUGGAGCCUCUGACCCCGGGGCAUCUCCUAUUUCUGAGGAGCAGUGCCGGACCGAUACCCGGAGAGUUUUCAGAGUCCGAUUCGCUAUCGAGACGUCGAUGGCGACACGUGCAGUAUUUAGCCCAGCAGUUUUGGUAUCGCUGGAGACGUGAAUACCUGCUUUCUCUCCAGGCGCGCCAGAAAUGGACGCGAGAGUCGAGAAAUGUGCAGCCGGGAGAUGUGGUUCUCCUAGCUGACCAGAACGUGCCGCGGGGACUGUGGCGGCUAGGAAGGGUAGUUAAGGCUUUCCCCAGUCAGGACGGACUCGUGAGAAAGGCUCUAGUUCGGACAGGUGAGUCCACGUACCUGAGACCGAUCCACAAGAUGGUAUUGGUCAGUUCUGAAUCUGACCUGGAUUAGUACCGUGCGGGGUCAGAUGUGUGCGAGAGUCUGAGAGCCUCUAGUUUAAGACUUAGUGUAAGGUGUCAACGUAAAUAGAUUCUUUACGAGCUAGAACCUGUUUGCGACAGACUAGUCUGUUUGUUUUUGCCAGCAGGUUUGUUUGUUUUUUGUUUUUUGCCAGCGGGUAGGUUUUGAGGUGCCAGACUGUUACGUGUGAUUAGAUUUAAGUGUCCAUGUAAACUCGGCUAGCUGCCCUGGCAGUCGAGGGUUGGUUCUCACCAGCAGGUAGACGGUGAGUGGGUUCACCCGGGCGCCUUUGUGUUGAUUCGAAUGACAAGAUAUGGCCAUUCGAAUGGGGGAGUGUAGACGGCGCCCGUGUCGGGUUAUAGCGGCGUAGGUGUCGCUGCUAUCGGGUCCUGAGUGAGGUGCGGGUGGCGGGGGUCCCGCAACCCAGUUAUCCGUUUGACUUGUUAACCUUUUUUCCUAUCCUUUUUCAAACCUUGCCACCAGUGAUAAGUUAGGUGUACUAUUAUACUCGCGGUAUUGAGUGACGGAGAUUCGAUUGUCCGAUCAGAGUGGUUUGUUACUGUAAAACUUGCAUCUCUUAUCGUCAAGGAGCGAGUUUCGAUAAUAUUUGGUUCGGAGGCGGUAUUUCAUGUGUGAUUAUAUUUCUUAUAUAAAAAUAUGGCUUGAUUAUGGUUAAAGUUUAGUUGACACGUCGAUGUAAGAGAUGCGACGCGAGCUUUUGAGUGACACGCUGGCAGGUCACGUGACCUAGCCGAGCUGUGGCGCAGUUUCCGAGCGGCGUGUGCGCUCUUUUCCCGCCCGACCUUCAUGAGGGGUGGAUGCGUGUGUCCCAGCGCGACGCUGAUGAGUAAGUUUGACUAUAUAGGAUUUGGGAGCACUUCAAUGUUGAAUGUAAUUUUAUUUCAGUGUAAACCAGUAAAUUCGUAUAUGCUUUAAUUAGCUUUCUAUGCUUAUUUCUUUGAUAUCGUAUAUUCUUGUACCUCAAGUGCGCCAUUUAAAAAUGUUUCAAUCUUCGUAGUUGCUCGGCUCGCUCCGGUUGGCCCGGGGACGUGUAGGCCAGUCGAUAGCUGUGCGCUUUCCCCCGUGGCUGGAGCCGAGAGCGGUCUCGUGGCCGGGGCGUUUGAGUGGCCGGCCCCUGACGGCCCAGAGUGCGGCGGUGCCGCUGUUGACGAGUGGCACGCACAGCGGAGACGAGGAACAGCCGUAACAAGGGCAAUAAAGGUCCUUCGUCAACGGCUCGUCUUUCGGCGCUCCGCGCUAUUCAGCCACGUGGUGGCUGCUACAGUGGCGGCUGUGCCAUCUACAAU